AUGGAUAGGAUCCAGGAGCUUCUGCAUAUUACGGUUGACCCCUUUUUGCAAGACCUCAGUAAAAAUGGGUUUGAGAAUUAUGUGAAAAUAGAGGCAUUGCUUAAUGACCCAGACACGAGGGUUGAGAACGCGUUCAAGAUAGCUAUAAUGCAGGCCUUGGAGCUGUCAAUGUUUAUACCGCCGCCGCUAAGACGCAAGAGAGGUCGAGAAUUGGAGCAGGACCUGGAACCACAACAUUUAGUUCAUGGUGCAAAGCGAGCGAAAAUGGGUUUAAAGAAACUGCUGCUGCUGCUGCAAAAGGCAUUGAAAACUGAGGUUGACAAGGUAACGUCGUUGAAAUCGCAAAAGGAGGUUUCUCAAAUUGAGCUCGAGAAAUUCCUCAAUUCAGACUUGAAGCAUCUAGAAGUCUUGUCUGUACCUGAACACUACCCAACAAAACCAAACACAGCUUCUUCUUUAACUGAGAUUUACUACUUGACUCAAACACUACCAUCGAACAAACUAAUCCCGGGAAGUCACAAAGUUCUAAUGACCGAUGAUUAUGAGUUGGCGUUGCUAGAAGGGAAAGUGGCUGUCAUAUAUUCAAGAAUCGAGGAAUUGAAAAGACAAGGAAAAUGGUCCUCGAGACAACCACAAAAGUUCUAUGAUCCUUUUAUAUAUGCAAACCAAGAAAAGAAGAAGAUGAUGGUAAAGAAAAACUGUACAUGGGACAAUAUAUUGAAGGAAGCGUUAUGGAUGGCGGAGGAUUUCAAAGAGGGUACAAAAUGGAAAAAGUAUUCAUGUGUAGUUAUGGCUCAAGCAGUUCAAGAGUAUUGGGCCUUGGGGAAAGAAAGCACAUGUAUAAAGAGAAAAAUGCCAAAAAUUACCGAAGCUGGGGAAGUUACAGCAACAGCUUCUAUUGUUGAAUCAUCAACAGCACAAGAAAAUGAAACCCCUCAACCUCACCCCAAAGGAAUUGAUCCUAAAUUGUUAUCGUUAAAAGAAUCUUCUGUGUCGAAAAAACCUUCAAACAUAUUUUCGAAUUUGCAAAUGCCAGAUUCAAAAUUGGUCACUGUGACCAUUAACGAUCUUACAAAAUAUGCACAAUCUAUCUUCAAAACGUUGCCGACAUACAAAGCUUUCAAUUCUGAUGAGCGUUACAAGCUUGAUGCCAAAGAACCUCCUAUAACAGCAGUGUCUAAAUUACUACUACCGUAUGAUUCUGAUCAAGAGUGGCAUAAGGUAGUAUUGAAGAAACCAACUUCUUCUUCUUCUUUUUCUUCUUCAUCAUCAUCAUCAACAACAACAACCUCCUUCUCAUCUUAUCUGGGUCAAAAUAGUAACACCAAAAAAUUACCCGAAUAUCAAAAAGGUGUAUUUGGUGUACAAGCGCAUCGAAGAUUCCACAUUUUGAAACCACCGAAACCGCCUUCAACCAGUAACAUAGAGUUUAGAUCACCAACCAUUUGGGUUCCUGAGGAUGACAAAAGACUUAUCCAUUUUAUUGCAGAGUUUUGUUUCAAUUGGGAUUUGAUAGCUGAGCAUAUGCUGGUGAAAUCGUUUGCACCUACUUUACGAAAAUACGAAGCAAACAUGGAGAGAAGAACACCUUGGCAAUGUUUUGAGAGAUAUAUUCAAUUAAAUCAAAAAUUCCAAUUCUCAGAUAUGAAAGGUAUAUAUUCAUUUCAUGCACAACAAUGGCUCGAGCUGGCACAUAGAAUCCAACUGACUACAAAAAGAAGAGUUUCUCCCUUGGGUGUUGCCAACGAUUCUAUUCAAAGAGGACAUAGAAAAUUGAGGUGGGCUUCGAUGUUUGAUGGUAUGAGGAAAGCUAUGAAGAAAAGAGAAAUUGCACUUGCCAAAGUGAAUCAUCGUAAAGCUACUAAUGAAUUUCAGGCAAGCCAACAACAAGUGGCCGCUACCAACGGUGAUAAAAAGGUUAAUAUUAAUAAGAUUCCGACUCCUUCAGAGUUGGCUAAACUAAAGUACGAAAGAGAUAAGGCAAUACAGGAAGGAACUCGACAACGUAUGAUGGCAGCAAUGGCGCAGCAACAACAUCAACAACAACAACAUCAACAACAACAACAGCAUCAACAGCAUCUGCAACAACAAAAUCAACAGCAUCUGCAACAACAACAACAACAACAACAACAACAACAGCAACAACAACAACAACACAACCACCACCACCAACAGCAACAGCAACAGCAACAACAACAACAACAACAACAACAACAACAACAACAAAUGCCACGAGGAACACCUUACCAGCCGGUUUCGGCAACACAAGCCCAACAGCAUCUGCAACAACAACAGUACUCACAUCAACAACUACAUCAACAGCAUCAACAGCAACAGUAUCCACUGCAACUACUUCACCAACAACACCAACAAGCGCAGAUGCAACAACGGAUGCAGAGGACACAAAACAACCUUCCGCAGCAGCAGCAACAACAACAACUACAUCUGCAUAUGAAAACGCAAGAUUAUAGCGGUGUUUCGUCAUCGGAAAAUACGCGAAUUUCCCCUUUGAGUGGCAUGCAAGUGAAAGAUGUUAACCAUACGUCGAUAAAAAUUCCCACUACAAAAGAUGGCAAGCCAUUGACCACUGAACAGAUUCAACAAUUAAUGCAAAUGGAGAAACAAAGGAGAAUUCUUCAACAACAACAACUUCAACAACAACAUCAGCAACAACAACAUCAGCAACAACAACAUCAGCAACAUCAGCAACAACAACAACAACAUCAUCAUCAACAACAUCAACAACAUCAACAACAUCAACUGCUGCUGCUGCAAAAUCUUGAUUAUUUGCAACAAUCGAAUUUUCAAAGCCCGAUUUAUUCCCCACCACCACCACCACCACCACCACAACAACAACCACUGUCACAAGCAAACUCUCCACAAUUCCAUGGUGGACCACUUCGUCAUGCACAGCAGCAAGUUAGGCCAAACAUAAGCUCACCUAAUAUGUCUCAAUUUCUGCCAAACAAAUCCAACGCACAAUCUCCAGCGCCUUAUUUCCAACAACCAGUAAAUCAAGGUCAGCUGCUGCAACUUGUCCAGCAUGCUGCGCAAAGAAGCCCCAAUCUACAGCAACAACAGCAGCAACAGCAACGUCCGAGAAUGCAAUUCCAGCCCUCUCAAAUCUCUGCUGUUAUUAAUUCAAUUCAAAACCAAAAUCCCGGACUUUCAAAAGAACAAGUAACAAAAAUGGCUGCUCAGUAUCUUGCUAAUCUCCAACAGCAGCAACAGCAGCAGGCCCGUAAUAGACAAACAGCUAGUUUACAACAACAGCAGCAACAACAACAACAACAACAUUUGCAAGUCCCAGCUGAAAGUUCCCCAGCUGCAGCUAACAACAGCCCUUCUCAGCUACUCCCACAACAGAUCCUUGAAGCUGCUCAUUUAAGCGUUAGUUCUAGUGUUAGUCCACAACUAAGUCAGAACCAAAUGAAUCACCAGAAUUGA